AUGCUCAAGCUGAUGGAUUCAUCAGACAAUGGGUCUGAUGGAAUUGCUUCCCUUUACGAUGAGCUGACUAAACAAACCGGUCUAUCGCCUGAAGAAUUCUCAAGUAGACUCCAAAUUAUCGAAGGUGAUCUUGGUACUUGUCUUAACUUCCACGGAUUACAAAGUCAGCGGACUCCUUCAAAAUUCCCAGAUGAAAGUUUAUCACAUCUGCUCAUGAUUCCCGGCGCAGGUCACACACUGUGGAACAUCGGACAGGCCAUUUUAUUACAUCAUUGGGGUAAUCCUGACAACAAGAACGAUCAAGGAGCGUGGCGAACGGUAGUUGAGCUGGGUGGAAAGAGCGAAAGACCUACUUCAAAGAAAGAUUUUACAUCAAUGAUACGAUGGAUCGAACAGAUACACGAGGCAACUAUCACAAGUUGCAUCUUACUGCAGCUAUUACUGCGACUUUGCGACUUUGCCACCAUUGUCGAAGCCAAUCGUGCGAUGUCAGAUGGGGAUGUAGGCCGCCUUCUCCUCAUGUGGAAGUCGUGGAGUGUGAAAAUGCAAGGAAUCAAAGGCCUUUCACAUUAUUCCCGGUAUCUACCUCGACUCAUUCGACUGCUAACAAAGGUUCUUCCGAAGUCGCUUUCGCAUGUUAUUCUCCACACUCUCUUGAUUUCUCCAACCGGUCGACAUGGGCAUUUUGUAGCAAAAGAUUUUCAUCUGGAGAUAAAGAAUUACUGGCUAAAGUACUUUUACAAUCAUGCAGGGCCAGGAACAGACAUCGAGCGACUCAAAGAGACAUUCUCUCUCACUGUUGGGCUGCUCUCACAUUUGGUCAACACUAUGAAAGGACGAGCUGGUCAGAACAAUGUCCGUCAAUCACGUAAGAACCGGUCCACCCCAACAUCGAUGAUUCGCUUCCUGAACAUGGCCAGAAGCGAGAAUAUCACCAAGUCUAAACCCAACUCGGAAACUGUAGGUAAACCUCUAGGAGAUAUCCAUCGUCUUGGCAUCCAGAAACUCAAAGUCGAUUUUGGCAAGCAACAACUGGAGCGCUUCCACUGGCCUGUUGCUUCAUACUACAGUGAAGAACAAGGUGACAGUGAGCAAAUCAAUGAGACCGAUCAUCGAAAUGGGUUUGGAAGUAUUGACAAGGAAUUUGUCGAUUGGUUCAGUGAGGAAUACAACUCACUUAUUUUGUCCAAACACCGCUUAUUAUAUGCAGCUUUAAGAGCAUUAGCUUCUUUAUCUGCUUUUACCUGA